GACAGAGACGAGGACACAGUUAAACUGAUAGAGCAGUUGCUUCAACACACAGGGGAUUCUCUCACUGCCCGUCUCCAUUAAAGUGUGGACCAGGAUCUUAGAAGCAGAGCUCAGAAAGAUAAACAACGAAAAAAAGGGAGAACUUUUAUUUAACUGUCCCUUCUCACCCUGUGUCUUUUCAAGUCCUUUCAGCCAUGGGUGAGUGGACAAUUUUGGAGAGGCUCCUGGAAGCUGCAGUCCAACAACACUCUACUAUGAUCGGAAGGAUACUCCUCACAGUGGUGGUGAUCUUCCGAAUCCUAAUUGUUGCCAUAGUAGGGGAAACGGUCUAUGAAGACGAGCAGGCCAUGUUCAUGUGCAACACUCUUCAGCCGGGCUGUAACCAGGCAUGUUAUGACAGAGCUUUCCCCAUCUCCCACAUCAGAUACUGGGUCUUCCAGAUCAUCCUGGUGUGCACACCUAGCCUCUGCUUCAUCACGUACUCUGUGCACCAGUUGUCUAAGCAGAAGGAAAAACGUUUCUCCAUGCUCUGUCCACUGCUGGAUCGGGAUUCCACCAGGGUUUCCACGGAACAGAAGGAGGACAAAAGACCGAGAUGUAGUCUUGUCAAUGGGAUCCUGGGCCAGAGUCCUGAGGGAUAUCCAAAGGUACUGGAUGUAGACUACAUGGAGGGAAAAAAGCUGCCUAAUCUCUCAAGUUGGAUCAGUAGCAAAAGCAUGAAGAUGAAAUGUCAGGAGGGCAUCUCAAGAUUUUACAUUAUCCAGGUAGUCUUCAGGAAUGCCUUGGAGAUCGGCUUCUUGAUGGGACAGUACUUCCUCUAUGGGUUCAGUGUUCCUGCGAUCUUUGAGUGUGACCGGUAUCCAUGUGUUAAGGAGGUAGAAUGUUAUGUGUCCCGACCAACGGAAAAGACAGUCUUCCUGGUCUUCAUGUUUGCCGUCAGUGGCAUCUGUGUGGCUCUGAACCUAGCAGAGCUCAACCAUCUGGGCUGGAGGAAGAUCAAGGCGGCCGUCAGAGGGGUACAAGCCAAGAGGAGGUCCGCGUUUGAGGUGAGGAAGAAGGUCCUGCCGUAUUUCGGCAGCCAAGGGAGGACACAAUCCAGUGAGUCUGCGUACGUCUGAGUGGCAUUUGAGGUCCCUUUACACCCAGAGCCAACUAAAUACCUUGAAAGGAAUAACUUGCCAUGGCAACUGUGUCUGGUCCAUGACUGUGGUGUAUCUUUAUAAAGUGUGCCCAGUUAGUAAAGUCAAAGACGCUCAAGUAGUAUGAAGGGAGCUCACAUCUAAUGUAUCUUAGGAAGAUGGAAAACUAUUUAGGAUGUGCUUUUUAUGAUUAUGCAGUAUCCUAAAGCACUUUACAGACAAUGACAUUUUUAUUAAAGUAUAGACUCUGCUGUAUUAUAGGAAGCACAGCAGCCAAUUUACAGAAACCUCCCACAAACAACACUGUGAUAACGGGCAGACAAUCAGAGUUUCUUUGCGGUGUUGACUGAGGGAUAAUUAUUGGCCAGGACCCUGGACAGAACUCCUCCAUUCUUCUUUAAAAAAGUGCCACAGGAGUUUUUAUAUCUACUAGAGUGGGCAGGUGGGUCCUCUGUUUAAAGUCUCAUCUAAAAGAUGGCACCUCUCACAGUACAGCACUCUCACAGUACUGAACUUGGAGAUUCAGGA